UGAGAUGAGACUAACUUUCUCCUAGCUUUAUUUACGAAAACGAAAAGAUGGCAACUUUCAAGGCUAAAAAGAAACGAAGUAUUCGGCAACGGAAGACAUCUUCUGAUUCUGAAGAUGAUGGACAGUCCAAUGAAGAUAUCAGGAAUAUCUUGGAGGAAACAAAAGAAGCUCAGAAAUUCAGAGAGAGACCUCAUGGAGUCAGUGCUACAGCUCUUCUCACAGGCAAGAAAAUGACAAAAGUAGAGGAAAUGAAUGAUGAUGAUCCCUUUAAUCUGAAGGUCGGCGGGAUGCUGAGCCUGAAAGAAAUUAAGGACAGAAAUAGAGACAGAUCUGAUGAAUCUGACCGAGAUGUUGCCAACAUGGGGAGCACCUUUGCAGUAGAGACCAACCAGAGAGACGAAGAUGCUGAAAUGAUGAAAUACAUUGAGAUAGAAAUGAACAAGAAGAAAGGAUUAGAUCUGGAUAAAGAAUCUGACCCAACAAAAGAGGGAGCUAAACAUAAAACCCCAGAGGACAAGCUCUAUGAGCUACCUGACAACCUCAAGGUGGAAGCUCAGAAGAGCUCAGAAGAAAUGCUUUCCAACCAGAUGCUCUCUGGAAUACCGGAAGUUGAUCUUGGAAUAGAGGCUAAGAUCAAGAACAUCGAGGCUACUGAAGAUGCCAAGCAGAAACACUUAGAGGAGAGGAGGAAUAAAAAGAAGAACACAACUUCUUUUGUACCAGCUAACAUGGCUGUCAAUUAUGUGCAACAUUCAAGAUAUAUGCAUGAGGAUUACUAUGCCUCUAAGCAUCAACGCAAUCAACAGCGCCAGAAGAAGGAAGAAGAGCCGAAACCUAAACCUGUCGUAGUAGGAGAUGCUGACCAACCAAGAAAACCAGAUCCUCCUGCUCCCAAAUUCAAGAGGAAAGUUCCGAAUGCGGAGAAGGCCACCGAUGAUUAUCACUACGAACGCUUCAAGAAGCAACUUAGGAGGUACUGAGGGAAGGUCAGUUUGUGAGCGUACAAAACUCCGUGCAAUGCUUCCAGAAAAUGAUGGGGAGUUGAGAAUGCCCGGAGAGUUUUUGAUGAUUUUCACUAUGAAAUUUCAAGAAGCAGCUCAUUUCAGUCUGUGACCAUUCAAACCCUGUGCGAUACUUCCAGAGAGAAGGAUGGGAGUUAAGAAUGCCAAGAGAGUUUUUGAUAAUUUUCACUAUGAACGUUUCAAGAAGCAGCUCAUUUCAGUCUGUGACCAUUCAAACCCUGUGCGAUGCUUCCAUACAGAAGGAUGAGACCUUGUGCAUGUAGAGAGACAAAGGGAUAAAAUGCCAUCUCUGUAAUGUACAGUUCAUAUGAUAGAUGAUAGUGAUGUCAUUAGAUUCUCUGUGUUUGUGAUAAGGAAUGAUAACAAGUUCUGUUCCUGCAUAUUGCUUUUGAAUAAUACUAAAGCUCUUGAAUUCGAUAUGAUAGAAUUAUACAUGACAAAGAAGUGUAAAGAAGUGUACAAUGAAAAAGCCACUAACAAAAAUAUAAUCGAUUACAACAGUUGCAGGGCCUAUAUCACGCAUAUAACGAGUAUGACGGGGUGAUGAAUAAGGGUUUUAAAGAAAAAAUUCACUUCUCAUGUCAAAAGUACUGGUCCAUUUGCUCUAAAAUUUGUAGAUAGUUAUUAUUACGUCAUUUCUAGAAAAAAUUUCAACCACAUGAUUUACAAUGAUUCUAAAUUCAUUGAUUUGCCAAGUUGCUUCCUUUUAUCAAAUAUACGCGUACACCAAUGUGAGGACAGACUGUGCGGAUAGCAUACCGCACAGAUCAUCCCUCGUGCUAGUAGAAAACCUGCAGAAAACCUGCA